CUGUAACUAGCUAGAUUUGAGUUAAAUGUGGAAUAACUGAUACGAUUAACGUAAUAACAUUGGAUAGGUAACGUCUUUUGACAGGUGAUUUGGGCAUUCUGUCUCAGCCAAUCGGAUCACUGGAUAUUGACUUCAUUGACUACCAACAAUGAACGUAAAACCAUUUACGAUUAGCUACACGAGGUCACCGGUAGACGUACAGUUUGUCAACCAAUGUGAUGUAUUAGAGGAUGAAAACUUAACCGAUGACAAUAAGGUUCAGAAAACAGUUAAAAAGAGAGAUAAAAAUAAUGAAGGAAAGAAGAAAGAAGAAAAAUAUGUGAAUUACAAAGUUGAACCCAAACGAAGGACUACUAAGAGUCCGAUGUCUCCCCCGAAUGAAUUAUUGCUUAAGAAUGGUGAGACUAAAAAUGAAACUAAGAAAAAUGGAAUUAUGUCUAAUGAUGAGGAAUCAUUAAAAGAAGAUGCAACAGAGGAAAGAGAAACAUGGGGUAAAAAGACGGAGUUUUUAUUGUCUGUCAUAGGAUUUGCAGUGGAUCUCGGAAAUGUUUGGCGUUUUCCAUACAUUUGUUACCGAAAUGGAGGGGGUGCCUUUUUGCUACCAUACUUUAUAAUGUUAAUUUUCUUGGGAUUGCCCUUGUUUUAUAUGGAGUUAGCGUUAGGACAGUACCAACGCUGUGGUGCAAUUUCUAUAUGGAACAGACUUUGUCCUAUGUUUACAGGUCUCGGUUAUGGAAUAUGUUUUGUUGCCACAUUUGUCGGAAUGUAUUAUAAUACGGUGAUUGCCUGGGCUGUCUAUUACUUGUUUGCUUCUUUCCGUUCGGAAGUUCCCUGGUCGCACUGUAACAACACGUGGAACACUGCUAACUGCGUAUCUGUUGUCGACGGGUACAAUGUCAGUCACGUGACCAAUGAUUCAAUGCUGGCAGCUACAGAAUUUUACUUAUUUCGAGUUUUAGAGGAUCAAAAAGCAUAUGGUAUUGAACGAAUUGGUUCGCCUAAAUGGCAGAUGGUGCUUUGUUUGAUAGCAGUCUUUGUUAUUGUUUAUUUUUCCUUGUGGAAGGGGAUCAAAUCCUCAGGAAAGGCAGUGUGGGUAACUGCUACCGUUCCUUACGUUGUAUUGCUCAUCUUGUUGGUAAGGGGGUGUACCUUACCUGGUGCAAAAGAUGGCAUAAUUUACUACCUCAGACCACAGUGGGACAAGUUACUUAAAGUGGAAGUAUGGUUAGAUGCUGCAUCACAGAUAUUCUUCUCUUUGGGACCAGGAUUUGGUACUUUGUUGGCUUUAUCAAGUUAUAACAAAUUUCACAACAACUGUUAUAUAGAUGCUGUUGCAACAGCUACCAUCAAUUGUUUUACCAGCGUUUUAGCGGGUUUUGUGGUAUUUUCGGUAUUAGGUUACAUGGCACAUAUCACACAAAAGGAUAUAGAUAAAGUAGCUAUGGAAGGUCCCGGGUUGGUGUUUAUGGUAUACCCUGAAGCACUAGCGACAUUGGAUGGAUCAGUAUUUUGGUCUAUUUUAUUCUUUGUUAUGCUUAUCACACUAGGCAUGGACAGUACGUUUGGUGGACUUGAGGCGGUGAUAACGGCCAUUAUGGAUACAUUCGCAAUAGUAAAAGGACGAAGGGAAUGGCUUGUUCUCGGGGUUAUAAUAUAUUGCUUUCUCGGUUCACUGCCAUCUACCACAAAUGGUGGACAGUACAUUGUUAGUCUGAUAGACAGACAUGCAGCUCCAAUUCCACUUAUUUGUAUUUGUUUCUGUGAAGCAAUAGCUGUAAACUGGUUUUAUGGUGUACAACACUUUUCAAAUGAUGUACAAAGUAUGUUAGGAUUUCAGCCUGGCAUAUUUUGGAAAAUAUGCUGGGCGUUUAUCUGCCCAAUUUGCCUCAUUGUUUUAUUCGUUUUAUCAAUUUAUUACUAUGACGGCAUAACACUAAAUGGUUACGUGUUCCCUCAGUGGUCAUUAGCAGUUGGGUGGACAAUAUCUUCCAUUUCAUUAAUAUGUAUACCUAUCUACAUUGUAUAUCUUCUCAUUGUCACACCUGGAACAUUCAAGCAGAAAAUUCUACGAAUGAUUCGUCCAUCAUCAAUACCAUCUCACGUUGACCAAGAUACAUCAAGACAUUUAUAUGACAAGUACGAAAUCUCGUCUUCUAACGUAGGAACAACUGUGAACACACCUGUAUCAUACAAUGCUGAGUCAAUUUCUAUGUAUUCUCCAUAUCAGGUAGAUAGCAUUCAGGACAAAAAUGACAGUGUUUAAAACUGUUUUCGUUGAUGAUAAUUACAUUUAUGAAUUUUGUGUUCUCAUUUUGUUUAAAUCAUCUGCGCAUAUAUGUAAAUAUUCAUUUAACAAAAAAAUCAUACUUUACCUAUUCAAUAUGCGAGAUGCUUUAAUAUUAUACAAUAACGACAGUGGUUCCUCUCUUGAUCCUCGAGAAUUUAGCCAUUAUCUUCCUUCUGCAAUAUCUGCGAACUGUAUAAGGGAUGUAUUCACACGAUCAGGUGGAUAAUUCUUUUGUAUAUUAAUUCUGACCAUCUAUAUCCGAAUGAUGAAGCUAAAAAUGAUAAUGUAUCACUUUCCGUUUUGAAGUUUCCUUGGAGUUCGUUAUUUUUGUUAUUUUACUUUUCACAGUGGAAGCGUAUUUGAGAAACACAUGCCCAGGAAUCAGAUGAUCUUUUCUAAAUGACAAUGGGUUUGUACUGCUUCUGUUAGACUAUCAGUCUUCCGGGGGUAAUAUCCACCUUGCAAACAGUGCAUUGAAUUGAUUUAAAUGAAACAAAUUUCAGUUGCCAAUGUCAAUUAUUUGGGCUCAAACUAAGAUUGCAUCCCCACCAGGCAACCUUGACUUAAGACAGUUUAAGGGCAUUCGAUGUUCGGUCUUGCAAUGCCCAAUUAGUCCGUUCUUUUAUUAAUAUGACAUUCGAAAAUGAAUCAUGAUUAUAGAGAUACAGAUAUGGCUUUAUUAAUGUCAUUUUUAAUUAAUUAAAAAUAAAACUAUAUGUGCAUCUUAUAAGAGUCAUAUAAGGGUAAGCAUUUCGCUGCUAUUAUGUUCCAUUCAAAAAAGUCCCCUUGGUGUCACAAAAAAGUAACAAGAUGAUCAAAAAUGAAUACAGAUUUGCGCUAUUGAAUUAUAGAUGCAAAAGCGGAAAACAAUGCCAAAAUAUACGAAAAACGAAUGCAACUGAAAAGUAUUUGAGACUGUAUUAAACAGGUGACAUUAUUUUAAAAACAUGUUUGUUUUAAGCAUUGUCGACUUCCACUUGGGAUAUAUGUCUGCUAAGUUAGGUAAUGUUACUGUUAAACAUAUUUUGUAGAAUAUUUUCAUUUAUCAUUGUUGUUUAUAUGUAUCUGUAUCAUUUGUUAUAUAUUUGAAAAAUGAAAAACUAAUGGAUACUACUGGUUAAGAUUUUCCUCAGGAAAAAUCACCUACAGUAUUUAGAAAAGGUGCUGUAUCUUAAUAAAUAUAUGGCUCAUUACAUAUUGUUAUAUAUGUUGUUAAAAGAUUUGUAUUAAAAUCUAAAGAUAA